UGGGAAAUAUGUUUUCCCUGCGAAACGGAGGGAGUUUCGAAAUAUUUUUCGUCUUUAUUUAGCGUUAAACGCGCUAUCACGGCUCUUCUUUAGCCAUCGAAGUAAAACGGCGUUAAAAAAAAACAUGUAAGUACAACAAAAAUCCGGCCAGGGUUUCUCAUCUUGACCCGCGCCUACCAUUAGCUAGGUGGCUAAUGCUAACAACCGCUAUAUGUGUGUGUGUGCUCGUCAAGAGCGACAAAGUGGCAGAACAAAGACAUUAGAUAAGAGUUUGAACAGGUGGAAAAGACAAACUAAGUACUCCAAAUGGCCCAAAUAAAGAUGGCAGUGGUCGUAGUCAAAAGGGCGUUUCAGCCUAAGCAGGGCGACUUGUUGCUUCCCCUAGCAACUGCAGAUGAGCUGCUAUAGAGAGGAAUUCAUAGCCCCUGUGGGAAUAUCAAUGAAGCCUUCCUGAGAUCAUCACUGAAUGUUUCCUCACUGUCACCAUGGAACUGAAGCUAGAGGUUGUUUUGUCCUCCAGCAUCAAACGAAAGAAGCCAUGGCCGCGCUUCUGCUGGCUUGGACAGGAGAAGGAGUCCGUCUUCCUGUUGGAUGACAAGAGGCUCAGCGAGAUCAACAUGGUCUCUGGUCGCACCAAGAAGAAGACCCCGAAACUUCACCCAAUGCUGAACAAUGUGGUGACGAUGGCUCCAUCUCACAAUGGUUUGUGGUUCUGUGGACUUUUGGGCACGGGAGAGCUCUUUUUAUGGAACAGGGAUAAGGACUUGUUGAAGACGACUACAGCUGUGCCUGAAGUUGUUCAGUUGAUUACUGAUGUCCGAGGAAAUGCUCGGCUGACCGUCCAGGUGUCAGGCGACGGGAUGCGCGUCCUGGUGGUCUCCACAUCGGCGCAACUGUUCUUAUGGGAGUGCACGGACGUAAAAGACCUGGCGGCGAUAUCCGUCAACACCAUUAAGGGGCGCUGGGCUGAAAUGCAGCCGCUUCACGAUUCCCUUCUGCCCUCCAUAAAAGACAAAGAAACAUCCCAGUGUACCAUCUUUUCGAAGACGGAGUCUAUGGGUGAUAUCUGCCUAUCAGCGUUUGUAUUCACAAGUGGGAAGAAGCUAAUUAUUACCUGCCUCAAAGUCCAGUGGAUGGACGACUACAUGAACUUGAGCUCCAUGGGAUACAGCAUACAAUGGGCCACCAAGACAUACCCCAUGUCGCGUCUUACCCCCACCUGCCAACCGGUGAAGUCCAGAGGUGCGCUGGUGGCCGACUUUUCUCCUGAUGGAAAACUACUUGCCAUAGUUUUGAACCAGCGGCAGCCCAAGGCGACACAGGUUGUAUUUGUGAGCACACAGAAUUUUAUCUCUGUAUCAAGCGGCCUUGGUGGAUGUGGUUGUAAAUCUGAAGCGAUUCCUUCUAAAUACGUAAGGUCGUACUGGGUGAGCGGUCUAAGCUGGUCACAUGAUGGCCUUUUCCUCUCCUGUGUUCUGAAGAGAGGCGCCCUCCUCAUCCUGGCUCGUCUCGGCGGGCUCCUCUCUCUAACAAGCACUGGUUGCAAAGUUGACUUUGGACCCGCGCACUUCCUCCCCCUGCAUCCGCUGGUCACUUACCGGCCGCCGGCCGGAAUAGCAGAGGCCUCUCUUUCUAGCUCCAGCGUUUCAGCGCGAGACGCAAUGAGACAGCGCUAUUCUGUGACCUGGCAUCCUCGCCUCUUGUACUGCAUUGUGUCUGAUGGCUACAUGGCCACGGUGCUGAAGGUUCUGAACAGGCCUUCUGCUGCAACGCUGGUGAAAGCUGUGUUAGACAACACCAGCAAGGACCUUCAAAAGGCCAGCCAGCAUCUGGAUACAUCACAGAGUUACGUGAAGAUGUGUUUGGAGUCUGUAUCGUUCCCCAAUCUGGACCGUGGCUUUGAAGACACCAAAUCAAUCGCCACGAGUGGGCCUCCUGCCACAGACUCCAUUUCUCCAACCACACAGGAUUCCCCUUUGCCUCUUUUUCUCCAGGACCAGGGGAUCCUCAGUAGCACGAAAGAGCUCAUAGAUAAAGUUCAGACCUUCUUUGAGGAUGAUUCUGACAUAGACGGACCUCCUGCUGGCUCUCAGCCGGCGGAUGGCGGACGUCUGGAGUUUGCCUCCAUGUUUGAUACACUUCACGCACCGGACUCGGAGGCCGACUCUAAACAUACGGCUAGCUCCGAUGCAGAGGAAGACUUUCAGGAGAGCGUCCACCAUCUUCACCGUGAACUUUUGAAGAUCCAGAACGGACUCUUGACAGCGUGGGCUCUCUGCAUGUCUCUGGGAACCGCGUUGGAAAAUCGCGCUCACCUGCUGAAGUACGCCAUCUACCGGCUGGCGCAACUUGCCGCUUUUCUCCACUUGAUCCCGAGCAGUGAUGUCCGCUCGGGGAAAGGUUCUUCUUGGCUCCUGCAGCUUCUUAAAACUAUUUUAUCGUUUCUUCCGUGGGAUCACUCAGGUGGGCCUCAAGCCCUGGGGCUGAUGGUGGAGCUCAGUAGGCAGCUGGUGCACCUGCUGCUGGGCCCUCAAAGCGAGUUCUGCCCAGCAAGUCGCUUAGACAGUCUAUGCAGAGCUGUGCUGAUUCUCAAUCUAGUCUCCGAUUCCCUCGACCGUGCCUACAGCCUGCACCAAAGAAGUGUGUGGUCUUCAGCAGAGAAGGACCCUCAGAUUGCAUCUUCAGAUGUAUACCACGUGCCUUUACUACAGGAAGGCAAGGAAAAUGAAAGUGGAGUUGCACAUCAGGGUCUGCCCGUACCCCACAGACCAUCCAGCAGACUUGCUGGAGUGUGGAGGUGGGUCUACAAGGUCAGCCGGCAAUACCAAGAGGAGGUCCGUGGCUUUAAAGACGGCAGUGGUUGGGAGGCGGAAGACGAGCAGUUGUCCGUAAUCAUAUCUGAGAUCCAAAGAGCUCUGCAAGCUACAGGAGAACGACUUGAGGAGGGCCCCACACUGCUGAAUUACACUGGUGAACAGCUAUUCCUGUGUGGCUUGUACCAAAACAGUGUUGAGACGCUGCAAACACAAAUUUGGGAAGAGAGUAAAAAAAGUUCUCGUAGUGUCUUCCAGGAGACGAGGCUGUGUUUGGCUCUCCUCUACAGCCUGUUGGCCCAGUAUCAUCUCAGAGAAGCCGUAGAGUUGGGAGAACACAUGGCCCACUUGGUUCUGCACAGAGCAGGACAUUACAGUGACGACGCCGCUUGCAUAGAAUCAGCUGACCCGCUUCUGCCGACAAACCUGCAUAUUGACGCCGUCUACGCCGUCAUUCAUGCUCUAGCGAGAUUCAUGGCCUCUUAUUUUACUAAUCGGCCGCUUAACAUCCUGCCUGCGCACAAUGUGGCCGUCCUGCCACCGCUACAUCUACCUCACGCCUCAAAUGUGGGACGCUUGGUGCCGCUCAGCCAGGAGGAGGUGGCUCGAGCAGUCCGCCAGCAGCACAUGUCAGAGAAGUGGACAGCGGACUACGCCCUGGACCUGCUCCUUCUUGGGGGUCUGCUCCCAGAGACCGCCUGGCUGGCGUUCAAUCUCGGCGACUGGAAGACGGCAGCCUCUGUCAGCCUUGCCUACAAAAACUUCUGCCUUGACCAAUUGGACUUCACUCGGAUUACCAGAAAGGAGCUUCACCUUCCGAAAGUUUUACUCCCUGAGAGUAUUUUCCAAGCAGAGUUGCAGCAUCUACUUGACAAUAACACUCAAGAGCUCAGGGAUAUCACAGAUAAGAAGUUUAUAGACCAUCUGGAAGGAGAAGACUUGGCAUUGUUACAGGUGUCCAUCCAGGAGAUUCUAAAGGCAUCCGUCAUGGCUGGUGUGAAUGUGUUGUCUUCACCCUUGACCUUCUUAUUGGACUCAGCCAAGGACUUGUGCUCAGGCCUGCCCGCAUUGGUGCACAGUGGACUCUAUUUGCCGUCCCCACCUCUUUAUUGUCCUCAACCUUCCCCAAACACACAGGAUCCAGUAGGACCAGCGGGGCAGCUUACAGAGAUUGCAACACGUCACAAAGUGUCCGGAGUUCUCCAAAGGAUGCUAUUACUCCUCAGGUCCUCUCAUUGUUGUCACCCUGCUGCUCAGUGGUACAUUCGUCAUCUACGCCGUGCCAGGCAUCUACUCUUCAAGAUAAAGACGAGGUACGGUUACCCAUCCGUUGCCGAAGAGGAAAAAGCUCUCCCAGAAGGUUUGAGGAAGUUUGUCAGCCAUGGUGGAUUCUUCAAACAGAUGGAGAACAAAAACCUGGACUCGGAUGCUAUUCACACUAUUAUUUGUUUCAGGGAGCUGUGUGGUUUAUGCUGGAUGCUUCAUGUCAGGGAUCAGCUUUCUAUUGCCUGCAGGAAGUAUCAGGCGGCCAGAAUGCAACGGUCUGAUACUGAGGUCUUAUCAGCCUGCAUGGACACUCUUCUAUGGGCCCAUCGUUACUUGCCUUUCUCUCAUUUCUUGAAUGCUGAGGAAAUCCUCCAGGACCUUCUGCUCAGCCUGGUGUCCGAACUGCCACCCCUUGCUCUGGUGGCAGACACGCUGGUACUUGCCUUCCCAGAGAAGGAGGAGUCUGUCAGAGUCUCCCUGAGGGAAAAGUAUAACUCACUGCUGCAGAGCCUGAAGCAAUGCAGUGUGUCUGAGGGGGACAAAGAGCAGGCCACAAUGACGGUUCUGAUCCAAAACAAAUCCAAGCAGAGGAAAAAGCACCUCGGCCGCAUGCUUAGGCACCUGGCUCCCCUUGAGCUCCGACUGUGGGCAAAAGAAGAGGAAGAGGAAGACAGGGGACGCAAACCCGGGGCGUCUGUGCCGAGGCAGCCAUCACCUGUCAUGAGUGUGAACCCCAGCACUUUAACCGAUACAGCAGAGAUCGAGGGCGUCUCUCCAAACCCACAUAAAGCAAGGGCGGCGAAAGAAAGAAAAAAGAAGACUGCUGUUGCAGCGAAGCAAAAUGUCAGUGAACAUGAUGCAGCGCUAACCUCCCUUCCUGUCGUUGGUACUUGGGAGUUUGAACUCGAGGACGACGAGUAUCUAAACUUUCUCGAGCUCUUCCUCAGCUACAUGCUAGAGAAGGACAGCGUAGACGGCGGCGAGCCUCCCUUGCUGAAAUCCUUUUGCUCCACUAUGAGGGAGCGAGAGCUGCAUUCGCUUACCUUCGACGUGCUCACAACGAUGCACCGGCGCCAAAGAGACAGCGGACAGCACCCGGCGAAGAAACUCCGCAACAACGACCUUCCCGUUUUCAGAGCUGGCUGCUGCCAGAGGACAGCGAAACGUGACACGACAUCGGAGCAGCAAACUUCCACCAGCCUCUCUGCACUCGCUCUGUCUGAGAGGCAAACAGGAUUGUUUAGUCGCCUGCACAGCAAUGUUAAAGAGUUAAAGAGAGUCUCCGCUUCCGACUUGAGCCAAAGUGGCCUGCAGGCAACAGAAUGUUCAGUGUCUCCAGAAGCCGUUGUAGAACUGCAACAGGUCCUGGACUCUAAAUUAGAGGCUGAAUUCCCAGAACUCGGCAGGCUGCUGGAGUGGAUGUUACGCUGGGCUGACAGGAGGGCGCUUCAGGGCCAUCCGGCCAAAAAGAAAAAGAAGGCAGAUGGAACGUUCGAUGAAGGAAUAGUCAUUCGCGUUAAAACCUCCGCGCCGGCCGUCCUUACUUCUCUCGGCCUGCUGGAGCACAGGUUCUCUCCUCUGCUUGAGUCUGACUCCGUAGUUCACGUCCAAGUCCCGGAAACAAAAGGGACUGAUUCUCCGGUGGUGCAACCUGAGGUGGACAUGAGCCUGGAGCGAGAGGCCAUCGUUGAUACUGGCUUUCCUGAAACGGCUAACAAUCCUAUUGAUGCUUCUGUUCAGAAUCGACAGCAUGAAGAACCUUCCAUUAGUUCUCAUGCUUAUGAACCAGAAGAGAUGGUGUUUCACAGGACACAUCUCCCUGACCACCCAGAUGAACUUAGCUUUAGUGCUCAGAGGCCUGUACCAAUACCACAGGUACCAUGUUUUGAUGAUUUGGAUGUUACACCUGAAAAAGAAGGCAGAAGUAGUGACUAUGACCGUACAGAGGUGUCAUCUUCUCUCUCAAAUGGGAUAUCUGAAAAUCUGUGCUCACCUCAAACAAGUUUAAAGAUAGCGGAUCUGUUAGAGACACCCAACCCCACUUCUGCUUGUCGCCAAGCAGGAAGCCGUCUGUUGACCCAGACAACAAGUGAUCCAGACCCUCACAUCCCUCGCAGUGUUCAGCCUGAAGUAGAGCUCCCUUAUUCAAGUGAAAGGCUGUUUGCCAACACACCAGGAGACUAUCCAUCAAGUUCUCAGCCUCAUACCUCACACCUCAUCCCUGAGACACCCACAGUAGAUCCCACUGGCCCAAACCAUCCAUCCUUCAUUCAGGCACCACCAAUGAGACAGCGUCUUGGGGAAGAUUUAUUCAGACUAGUCCAGCACAUCAACUACAUGAACAUGAUGGACGUUUUGGGAGUUUCAUUUUCCAACCUGCAGCUCGCCCAGCAGAAUUCUUCAUCAUUACCUCAGUUCGGCAUGAACCCCUUGCAUCCUAUUGUGCCUUCACCUCACGUUGCUAAUGUCACACCUCAGCAAAACCUUGUCACCCCUCAAUCCCAAAUAUACGUGCCAAAUCCAGAUGCUAACAAACCAGCCUCCAUGUAUGCACAGCAGCUUCCCAUUCAGAGCACUCAUUUGGAACCCUCUCCAUCAGCUGAUCAGUAUCACAACACCAGGAAUCCACCCUACAAAACACAUGGAAAUGAUCAGGGAUUCCAACCCCUUUCCGUGCAAGCAGAGUUGCCACAAGUUCAAUGUAGGGAAAACAAGAACUUCAUCUCAUCCACUCAAGGACUUCUCACCACUGACACCCCUGUGAUAGCGCCCUAUAACGGUAACGUUAAUAUCGACCCUUCAUCCCAAGCCUUGGGUUUCAAGUUACUUCAGCCACAGCAGAACGUCCCGCUGCAGCCUCAGGCGCCACACGCUCCGAACUCUGCCCCUGUAGAACCAACAAGUAGAGCUGCGUCAAGGACGAAACACAAGAAAAGGAAAGCUGCAAAAAGGUUUCUCCGAUUUAGGGACAUACCCUACUUUGAGCCCGCAUCGAGGUACCAGACGUUCGAGGGAUCCGAGCAGCCGUAUCAGACUCCUGUGUCGACACAUGGCCUUCGUCUGCUGCACUUGCAGCCUGAUCCACAAGAACACCUCAGAAGACCAUCACCGCCGAUGCCCCUUUUUGUUCCUGUUGUCCCGUUGGGAGAAUCCCCUCAGCCCCAGCUUCUACACUUGGACUCUAAUUCAAGAACGAUGUCGUCCCCAGCGCCUCGCUUGUCCCAAAGGACCCGUCUCAUGUCCUUGGAGGAGCUGACGGGCUUAGUGGCGGGGAGGCGCAACUCUGAGGAGGCUCGACUCCAGCUGCUCAGAGUAAACGACCCCAGCGAGACAAACAAAGGGGCCACACCCAGCUCGGGAUCCAGCAAGAGGCAGAAGAGGAGAGAGAGGGCAUUGGAUGCAAGAAAAGAAAAUGAGUCCGUCAUUAUUACACAAAAGCCUAAAGAGGAGCCAAUUGUUGCAGAAGAAAAGACUCCUGCAAGGGAUGUUACCUUUCAACAUGGCUCUAUCAAACCUUUGCCUACUGGUCGGGUGUUACUGACCAAGGCAAGUUCGACUUCAGCUGAGCUUCAUGCCUUCGCUGCCACGUGUAAAAGACCCCCCGAGUGCCUCGAUGCGUUCACCAACACGGACCCAAAGUACUCCCCCAUGCUGGUGGAUAAAGCUGUGUCCACCCAAGCGUUUGCAGCGGCCAUUACGUCCAACAUACAACAUUCAGAGAAACUACACCUGCGCAAAGAGAGCCGUCCUCGAGAAACAGUUGACGUCCUGAUAUCGCAAGAGGAAAGGAAUCUGGAUCAGGUCGGUCGCAACUUCCUGAGCGUCUUGGACAUUGAGGAGGGGACGUGGCAUCACGAUUUGCCGCCUCUUAGCUCCGGAAGGCAGGAAAGGAAGGAUGCUUCUGCCCCCAUGCCUCCCGUACUCACACCUGCCCAGCUUCAUGUACUUGCAACUUCCAUCGUAAAUAACACUCAUGCUGCCCCUCAGGAUUUACAACCAUCAAUCAGAAUUCCAGAACAAACAGUCAAAACCAUCACACAAUCAGGUAUCCUUGUGCACCCUCCUGCUGUCCAUCCCACCUUGUCCGACAAAGAGCCAGGACGAGUCACUUCCCAUUACGCUGAGAAUCCACCUGACUCUGAGUUCUAUAAAGCCAAUACCGGGACACAAGUCGAUCACAGUCCUCCAUCCAUCUAUAAAGACAACAGUGCGCCACAAAUAGAUCACAGUCCUCCAUCCAUCUAUAAAGACAACAGUGCGCCACAAAUAGAUCACAGUCCUCCAUCCAUCUAUAAAGACAACUGUGCGCCACAAAUAGAUCACAGUCCUCCAUCCAUCUAUAAAGACAACAGUGCGCCACAAAUAGAUCACAGUCCUCCAUCCAUCUAUGAAGCCAAUAGUGCGCCACAAAUACAUCGGAGUCCUCCAUCCAUUUAUAAAGCCAAUAAUGCGCCACAAAUAGAUCGCAGUGCUCCAUCCAUUUAUGAAUCCAAUACUGCACCACAAAUAGAUCACAAUCCUCCAUCCAUCUAUGAAGCCAAUAGUGCGCCACAAAUAGAUCACAAUACUCCAUCCAUUUAUAAAGCCAAUAAUGCGCCACAAAUAGAUCGCAGUGCUCCAUCCAUUUAUAAAUCCAAUACUGCACCACAAAUAGAUCACAAUCCUCCAUCCAUCUAUGAAGCCAAUAGUGCGCCACAAAUCGAUCACAGUCCUGCAUCCAUCUAUAAAGCCAAUACUGUGCCACAAAUCUAUUCUGCUGGGCCACAAAUUGAUCGCAGUCCUGCAUCCAUCUAUAGAGCCAAUACUGUGCCACAAAUCUAUUCUACUGGGCCACAAAUUGAUCGCAGUUCACCAUCCCUCUAUAAACCCAGUACCGUGCCAGAAAUCGAUCACAGUCCUUGCAGUCCUCCAUCCAUCCAUAAUCCCAAAACCACGCCACAAAUUGAUCACAGUCCUCACAGUCCUCCAUCCAAAAAUCCAGCAGUCUGGUUUUCAUCCCGCCUGUCAGAGCUGGAUUCUCAGCUCGCCGCGCUGCAGAACAUUGCUGACUGUUUGGAGAAGGACCUCCCUGGGUCCACAAUAGGAAAUGAGUUGGUCAACCAGCCUGAGCAAGUCUCCCCAGUCUCAACUCCAAAGGCUGUAAGAAAAACAGUUCGACUGUCUCUCCCGGCAGAAGAGCAGAAAACAGAAAACAGUCAAAGAAAGAACACCUUUGUAACCAAAGCUGCACAGUCACUUCAGCUUGUACCAGAACUUGACAUCAGCAAAGUAGAGCGAGGGUAUCAGGAAGAAGACGACGAUGAGUUUCGCUAUUACCCAAAUAACCCUGACAGAAGGAGGCCAUCUCUGCAUCUAUCAUCUUCUUCUCAGCUUGGUUACGACGCCCCCUCAUCCCACUACUACACCUCUCCAAAUCAUAAGAAUAUUCUAACAAGAACAUUGGAAACAUUUGAGGAGACGGCUGAUGAGAGUCUGGACCAGACGGGGUUGUCUGACACCGUGGAAAUACUUGAAGGCUUAGUAAGGGAAGGUUAUUUAUCUCAGACUGACCUAGACAUGUCAUUUUCGGACACGACGGCUCCUGAAAGCAACAGAAGGGAGCAAUGGGAGCAGCAAAGCUGGCAGAUAUCCCCCAGACAUGCUCUCGCAGACGACGAAAGGAGGGAGCUGAGAAUGUGGAUGAGGAGGAAGCAUCGGGAACGACGGUCUGUUUACCAGAAACAGAGAGCGAGCCUGCGGGAGAAGGAAAUCAAACCUUUUUCGACAUCGACAACAUCAAAAUCUACUGGCCAAGUGACAGGUUGGAGAAACACGGAGGAAAAGCAGAAGGCAAUGCUUUUGAAACAAUUCAACGUGAGGAUCCAGGAGGCCACUGAUUUGGCUAGUCAACUUGGUGGCAACCCACUCACCAGGUCCCGCACUGCUGCGACUGAUGUAAACGGGAUGCCCACCGUCACCGUCCGUCCUGCCUCUGCACCGCCAUGCAAUCGCAGCCUUGAGAAAAGAAGUCUGAAGCGUCCCUCAGGACAAACACAUGCCCAGCGUCGCCCUUGGACUGCUGAUGUUUCGGGACAACCUUCCGAGGACAGCAGGAGGCUUCCAAGACCAGGGACCUCUCUGUCGAGGGACCCUGCCUUCUCUCCACGGGGCUUGCUGACCUCAGCAAAGAGCCACGAGGAGCAGCGUUUUAGAAAUCAGAGGCAGCAAAGAAGGCUGUCAGACGUGGAGGAGAACGAUGCAGACGCCUUGAAGCUGCUUGGCCUAGGCAAGACCAAAACAAACGAUGGUGCCCCGGCCGGCGUGUCGGGUAUGGACUGGCUGGACAGAGUGUCAGAGAGCGGCGGCAGCAGCCUCAGCGAGAUCGACUGGGCGGCCAUCGAGAAGAUGGCAGCUGCAGAGGAGCCCUGACCUUCUCCAGCAUCCUGCAAACUCAUGUUCCAGAUAAAUGAUGCGCCUUUUCUACGUAUACACCUCAAGUAGAAAUAACAAUGAUCAUGAUGAAGUUUUAAUUUGUCCAUAGUUUAGAGUUUGAUCAAGAAGUACACAGAUGACUUAUAAUGCAAAUGUAAUAUUGUCUCAUAGUAUAAUUAUUAUAUUUAAUUCAUCAGUUGUUGACAUGUUUGUAUUGUACCAUAUUUUAUAGUUUCCCUAUUUUGUACAGACUUUACCGUCACAAAUAAACAUUAAAUGUUU